AUGGCGAACCCUACUAUCGGGGCCUCGUUUGAUCAUAAUGAUAUGACCAGCUGGUAUUUCGGCGGUCUAUCUAGAGCUGAGGCAUCUAAAUUGCUGCUCAAUGAGACUGAAAGUGGUGUAUUCCUUGUGCGAGACUCGAAGACUAUACAUGGCGAUUAUGUGUUAUGUGUCAGAGAAGACGAUCGAGUAUCCCACUACAUAAUCAACCGUGUGGUGUCAGCAGACGGAACUACCAGAUUCAGGAUUGGCACCCAAUUGUUUGCUGAUAUGCCAGCACUUUUAGCCUUCUACAGACUGCACUAUUUGGAUACGACGCCGUUGGUGAGGCCGUUGUCGCAGGCGAGCGCGCAGGCGACGCCGGCCGCUACGCCUCACUUGUACCACGUGUUGGAAGUCGUUAUAGCCAAAUUUGAUUUUGUUGGCAGUGACGCAGACGACCUGCCCUUCUGUCGCGGGGAGAAGCUGAUGGUGAUUAACCGGGACGAGGAGCAGUGGUGGACCGCCAGGAACGCGCAGGGCAGGAUCGGCUCCAUCCCGGUACCGUAUGUGCAGAGGUUGCUAGACCCGUCGGGCGUGCCGUACCCGCCCACGGAGGCGCUCGGCCAGCUCGACCCGCCCAGCCCGCCUAGCAACAAGCAGCCGCAGAAGGGGACUAACAUGCAGCGGUCGCUGCCGGCGCUGGCGCGCGUGCGGCAGUCGCGCGUGCCCAACGCGUACGACAAGACCGCGCUCAAGCUGCAGGAGGGCGACAUACUCAAGGUGACAAAAAUGAACAUAAACGGUCAAUGGGAGGGCGAACUCAACGGCAAAGUGGGGCACUUUCCCUUCACAUACGUGGAAUUUCUCGACGACCUGCCCAGC